AUGGGUAAUGCUCUUCGCAAAAAAAAGUCGAGAGAUGAGGUGUUGGCACCAACACCGACGUCAACAAUGCCGAUUUACUUGAAGUUAUCAGAAGUAUGUCCACCUCGUAACUUCGGUCCAAUCGCUGCCGAACUUUAUAGAGCCGCUUUUGAAUACAUCGAAGAAAAGGAUCUGGAUUUAAGAUUGGCGUAUAGCUUACGAUCAUUAGUUGAAGAAAAUGGUCGAUUUGAGAAUAUCAACGAAGAAAAAAGAAUAAUUCCCGUUAACAACCAACACGGGAGACUAGGUCAAGCGGCCAUAGAUAACAAUUACUUUGGAUUCCUUGUGUUAAAAAAUUUUAUGUUGCCAUACUUAGACGUCGAAUCUGAAGAAUUUGACGAAAUGUUGAGUACAGCAAUCAAUGAAUUCAAUGAAUUUGGCGCUUAUCAAGAAAUAAUUCGCGUUUACGCAUGCAAAAGGGGAAGUGUAGAAAAUAGUUGA